UUUUCCUCUGUAUAAAUACCUUCCCCUAACUGCUUUGAAACUCCAUUGAUCAAAACACCAAAGCAAACUAGUUCAAAAACUUAGAAAAAAACCAAAGAAAACAUAGUAAUCGAUUAUUGGAGAAUAUGGGGUCAGAAUGGUCUAUAUUAGGGACAUUCACCGCAACCAUUAUGAUAGCCUACACUGUGAUUGACAAGUUCGUCCCAACCCAUAUCCGUUCCUAUGCCCUAAUAUAUGUCCACAAACUAAUAGGCUUUCUGUCUCCUUAUAUUCACAUCACUUUCCCUGAAUUCUCAGGCGAACGUCUCCAACGCAGUGAGCUUUUCACCGCCAUCCAAACCUACCUCAUCCAAAACUCUUCUCAGAGAGCCAGAAAACUCAAAGCCGAACCCGCCAACGACAGCCACAACAAGUUCCUUCUCUCCAUGGAUGACAACGAAGAGAUUACGGAGACUUUCCAAGGAGUUAAGGUCUGGUGGGUUUCUAACAAAACCAUGAACAAAUCACAGUCGAUUUCCUUUUACCCUAGCUCCGACGAGAAGAGGUUCUACACGCUCACCUUUCACAAGCGCCACAGAGACCUUAUCGCAAGCUCUUACAUCACACAUGUAUUGGAACAAGGAAAGUCGUUGAAAUUAAAGAACCGGCAGCUGAAGCUGUACACCAACAGCUGUCACACCAGUUGGGGCGGAUACAGAAAAUCCAAGUGGAGCCAUGUUGUCUUCGAGCACCCUGCGAGGUUCGAAACCCUAGCCAUGGAUAAAAAAGCUAAAGAAGAGAUUAUAGACGAUCUUGACACGUUCCAGAACGGAAAAGAGUAUUAUAAAAAGAUUGGAAAAGCUUGGAAGCGUGGUUAUUUGCUGUAUGGCCCUCCGGGUACUGGGAAAUCUACCAUGAUAGCUGCUAUGGCGAAUUUCAUGUACUAUGAUGUGUAUGAUCUUGAGUUGACGGCGGUGAAGGAUAACACGCAGUUGAGAACUUUGUUGAUUGAGACAACAAGUAAGUCUAUUAUUGUGAUUGAGGACAUUGAUUGUUCUCUUGAUCUUACUGGGAAGAGGGUGGUUAAAAAGGGGAAGGAAAAGAGUGAGGAUGCGAAAGAUCCUGUGAAGAAGACUGAACAAGAAGAGAAUAAUAAUGAGAGUAAGGUGACUUUGUCGGGUUUGUUGAAUUGCAUUGAUGGGAUUUGGUCGGGUUGUGCUGGAGAGAGGAUCAUUGUUUUCACAACAAACUAUUUGGACAAGCUUGAUCCUGCUCUUAUUAGGAGUGGGAGGAUGGACAAGAAAAUUGAGUUGUCUUAUUGUUGUUAUGAGGCUUUUAAGGUUCUUGCUAAGAAUUAUUUGGAUGUUGAUCAUCAUGAUUUGUUUCAUGAUGUUGAGGGGUUGUUGGAAAAGACCAAUAUGACACCUGCUGAUGUUGCCGAGAAUAUGAUGCCUAAGUCGAAGGGUGAUAAUGUUGAGACAUGCUUGAAGAAGUUGAUUGAAUCUCUUGAGAAGGCCAAGAAGAAGCAAGAGGAAGAAGCACGAAAGAAGGAAGAGGAGGAGAAGGAACAGCUAGCAAUGGAAGAGGCGAAAGAGAGUGAUGAGAAAGCUGGGAAAGAGGUGAAGGAGAAUGGUUUCGUCCAUUGAUUUGGAAAAAGGAUUAAAAUAAAGAUUGAGAUUAACAUAUGCAUAUGCUUCUGCUAUGCUGGGCUGUGAAUAAUAUUCUAUUAGGAACAUAUGAUUUGAGUGUGAAAUAUAUAAUGAUUUGUAUCUAUAUUAUGUAUUAAGUAAUAGACGUGUAUGGUGGUCAGCAUAUAUAUUAGGACUUCAUUUUGUAUGAAUUCUAUAUUAAAAAAAUGUAUAAGCUAUCUAUGUGCUACCGUAUAAGCUAUCUAUGUGCUAGUAUAUUAGAAGUUGGUUCGAUGUAUAUGGCUGUGUGGAUUGUAUUGUAUCUGGAUUUCAAUGUGAAUUGAAUGGUUUGUAUAUUA